AUGCGUCACCCGACGUCCCGGGCGUUCCUGACGCACGAGGUCCAGGGCAUCUUCCGGUUCAGGUUCAAGGAUGUGUCCCCCGGCCUGCACUGGAUCGAGUUCGACGCGCCGAAGCUGCAGUUUCCGUCCCUCCGCGUCGACGUCCCGGCCUCGCCCGCGGCGCCCGUCGAGCUGCGGUACCUGGACCUCCCACUCCCCCCCCUGGACCCCCCCUUCCACGUGGCCCCCGGGCUGGUCCGCGAGGCGGUCGAGUUCGCACCGCGCAUGUCGAUCUCCCCCUCGGCGCUGAUGCGGAACCCGAUGGUCCUCAUCGGCGUGAUGGCGUUGUUCGCGGUGUUCGUCAUGCCGUACAUCUCGCCCAACCCAGACGAGAUCAAGGCGCUACAGGAGGAGAUGGGGUGGCUCAAGAAGGACGGGGCGGGGAGCGCGGUGGCGGCGACGGGGAGCGCGGCGACGGGCGGGCGCGGCGGCGGCGGGCGCGGGGGCGGGGGCGGGAGCACGGCGACGAGCGCGCGGCGCGGCCGGGCGCGGUAG